CCGUGUCUGCUGUUUUAUGUAACCGUGGUUUCGAAGCCUAGGAUCUCUCUGUCGAGGUUAGAUCCGGCGCGGAGCUCUCUAACUCCUUUCUGUCUCUGGAUUCCAUCUGCCCGUCCUCUGGUUUUUCUCCCCAUUCCUUUCUUCUUAGCCUAAAUUUAAUGUCUUCUGGGACCUCACAGAUGGAGCCAGACAGAGGCGAAAACAGCGGCAGGAUCCGGAAACUUGGAUCCGAAUUCUCCUGGGAAUUCUGGCAAAUAGAUCUUUUAAAAGAGUACAGUCCGAGAGGAGAAGGGCAAGAUAGGGGUAGAGGAUUAAGGAAUACAAAGUACUAUGUAUAAAAUAAAUAAGCUAAAAGGGCAUAUUCUACAGUACAGAUAAUGUAGCCAAUAUUUUAUAAUAACUAAAUGCAAUCUGAUUUACAAAAAUAUUGAAUCGUUGUUGGUACAGCUGAAACUAAUAUAAAAUUGUAAAUCAACUAUACUUCAAAAAUAAAUAAAAAUGAGAGGCUCCAUUAGAGGGCUCUGUGGAGGUUGGAGGAGGAUGCGGAAACAGCAGAAAUGACGGACAGUCGAGUGGGCGGGGACAAUUGGGACCUCUUCCCCGCCCGCGCGCUUUCGGUUUUCAGUCAGGUCCGCUGCUCUUGUAUAUCUGGGGAAAAGCAGCCCUCUCUGUCUCAGAGGUUUAUCAACCAGCUCAGUCAUGUCUGGAAGAGGAAAAGGUGGCAAAGGUUUAGGCAAGGGUGGCGCCAAGCGUCACCGCAAAGUCUUGAGAGAUAACAUCCAAGGCAUCACCAAGCCCGCCAUUCGGCGCCUUGCUCGGCGUGGGGGAGUCAAACGCAUUUCCGGCCUUAUUUAUGAGGAGACCCGAGGCGUGUUGAAGGUGUUUCUGGAGAAUGUUAUUCGGGACGCGGUCACCUACACGGAGCACGCCAAGCGCAAGACGGUCACUGCUAUGGACGUGGUCUACGCGCUAAAGCGGCAGGGACGCACCCUGUACGGCUUCGGAGGUUGAGCUGCUGCCACCGUGCUGGGUGUGACGACAAUCUCAAAGGCCCUUUUUAGGGCCAA